UUGUUGACGUUCCAAUUUCUUUAUAUCAUGCCUUUAGAAAAUAUAUUUUAUGAAGCAGAGUCGUUUAGCUGGUUCUUUCUCGAUUUUGACUCCACAAACAGGGAAAGAAUCACUUCAGUCAAUGCCGGGCACUUGCCGAUUCAUUUAAAUUGUGGACAAAGUACAAGGAUUAAAUGCUAUUUGAGAGCAGCUGAAUUGGCGACGGUGCCUAAAGCUGGAAUACCAAAGGUCUAUCACUUAGCAUUUUGCAUUCAAGUGGGUACGGAUAGGGCAACUCAUCGUUGGAGAAUAUGUCGCUGUCCUUGGAAUGUCCAUAUUUUGCCCUCUUUACUACACUAUCCUCGCUUUCUUCGUGUUUCCAGACAUCACCAUGACGCUUAUAUGAUUGGUGUGGAAAUAGAACAUGCGGAUCCCUCUAAUGAAGAGCAUUUUCAAGUACUUCAGAUAGGAAUUCUUUCUAGAGGAGAUUAUCGUGUCUUUGCAUUGCAAAAGAUGUCACCAAAGUACGAUAAAUUACAACCCAUCUUUCUGAAACCAAAUGAAACAGCAACUGUUUUUUUCUACGUGAAAAAAGCUGCAGCUCGAGAGGGCAACUAUAGUGUUAUUGAUUUGGAAUCGCAAGUUACUUAUCAGGAAAAUUAUCACAAGCCUUUGGAAACGUUUUUUGCUGAAGAAUACAGUCAUGCGUUACCUAGCGACCAUAUAAUUAUUUGGCUUCACUGGAAGACAAUGGACGGCACUAAAGGAAUUCUGUUGGACAACAGUUUGUCGCUGAGACGAUGUUUGUCUCAAACCGAGCAUGAUCUGGCAACUACAACUAGCAAGCAACAUAGCGCCCCAGAUAAUAACAGAGAAGAUUCAAUGAUUCGCUGUUAUUUGGAGUUUCCAUCCAAGGUCAAUUAUAACUUCAAAGCAUGUAUGCAGCCUGUUGUUGUUCCUGUUUCUGCAGUUUUUAACAAUCUGCUUCGAGAUGUUGCUGUUGACAUAUAUGUAAGAGCACUGCCAGCGUCGAUCGCUGAAGCAAGUCGAGGAAGAAGAUGGCGAGGUCAUGUUACUGCUAAUUUAUUGUCCAUUCCUCCAGCAAGUCAAAGAAAGAUACAGCUUGAUGCUAUUUUUCCUUGUGAAGGUGCAUAUGAUGCAGGAGAAAUAUCUGCGAUUUGUAACAACACAAGCCUUCAAUUCGAAGGAAACAGUCAAAUAUACGUUGUCAAUGAUAAUAGCACAGAGCAAGAAGAUUCCAUUGCAAAUAAAAUUUGAAGUCUAAUCAUCUAUCUAUAUAUCACGCCAUAGGCAGCCUCUAUUCU